AUGCCCCGCAACACCCACCGUUCUACUGCCUCGCAAGCUUGUAAAAGGACUCCAACUACCCUGCGCCUUCGUCUGUCCAAACUGCCUGUUCCGGAUGUUCCGGAUAAUGACGAGAAUCCAACUGAUGAUGAGAAGGAGGAUAAGGAGGAGGAGGAGGAGGAGGAGGAGACACAGCUGUAUGAAUGGGUGAUUAUCAAUGGGAUAAAGAAGUCUAUAAAGAUCAAGUUAUGGAAUGUCACAACAAAUGAUAUGACUGUCAGCUUCUAUUGUAUUCAAUAUAUUGUAAAAAGAAUAGCUGAAAAGUGA